AAACAAACAAUAGGCUAGCAGAAAUGGAACAAAAAAACACCCCAAAAACAGCGGUUAACCACAGCAAGUCCAAAGGCCAUCCGCCCCUCUCUGAGGACCAAACAAAUCCACCAUUAUAAACACAACCCCCCCAUCAAGAAACUCAAUUCAUCUCUCCAUCUACAAAAAUUUCAGGCUUUCAUCCCAAUUCAGUCGUCAAAGAACAGACAAAAGAUAUGAAGCCCAUUUCAGUCGCUGUGGCUGUUUUGGUGGUGGUUUCCCUCUGUUCCUUCCAAGCACAGGGAGACAAUGAACUGAUCACCAAAGCCUGCAGCAGAACCGCUUACAACGACCUGUGCAAAGCAAUCUUACAAGCAGCACCAAAUAGCAAUGACGCAGAUCUCUAUGGAUUAACACAAUUCGCAUUGAGCAUUGCAGCACAGAAUGUUAGCAACAUAUAUCAAACCAUAGACAAACUUCAAAACGACUCAUCCGUAGACAGUUUCAUGGAUGAAUGCUUGACGGACUGCUUGGAGAAUUAUCAAGAUGCUACUGACCAAAUCGAAGAUUCUGUCACUGCUUUGGAAUUCAAAGCCUUUAACGAUGUCAGGACAUGGGUUGCUGCUGCCAUGAGCGAUGUAGCUACCUGCGACCUGGGCUUCAAAGACAAGCCUGGCUAUCAAUCUCCUGUUCACCAAAUGAGUGCCGUUUUUGAUCAGAUAUGCAGCAUUGUCUUGACCUUUAAUCACUGUUUAAUUGAAGGGAAUGUUCACCUCACCAGCUAAACAUGGUUUGGUUGUAGUUUGUUUCUUUC